GAAAGAACGUGUAUUUAGGUUGAGUUAUCUCUAUGAACUUAACAUUGAUAGCAUUGUCUCUAUCAUUUCUGACGAUUUUCAAACAGUUUCUAAAUGAAAUAAUAUACGUAACGUAUUAGAAAAUGGAAAUUAACUGCAUACGAGGAUGAGCUCAACUUGGGUCGACAAGAAGGCAGUGGUUGCCAUAGAUUUUGGGACAACCUUUUCCGGUUAUGCCUACUCACUCUCAGGCGACUACCGUGCUGAUGAGAAAACGGAGAAGAUUCAUACCCCCUAUUGGCCAACGGGGAGCGGUCCAAGCAUGAGUAAAACUCCAACAGUGUUACUUCUUAGUCCUGACAAAGGCUUUGUGGCAUUUGGUUACGAUGCAGAGUCGCGUUUUGCAGAGUUGGCCGAUGAUGAAGACAUUGAUGAAAGCAAAUACCACUAUUUCAAACAUUUUAAAAUGGAGUUAUAUUCAGACCAGAAGUGCAAGUCCAACAAUUUUCUUGGAGAAAUCAAAGACCAGAAAGGACGGAAAUUCAGAGCUGUUGACGUAUUUGCAAAAUCAAUUGAAUACAUGAAGAAGAGAGCCUACGAGACAAUUCACAACACAAGUGCAGUCGGAGAACAAGAUGUUUAUUUUGUGCUUACAUGUCCGGCUAUUUGGUCAGAUUGGUCAAAGCAAUUUAUGAGGGAAGCUGCCGAAAAGGCUGGAAUCUCUCACGAUCAUUUGAGAAUUGCUUUGGAACCCGAGUGCGCGGCCGUUUACAUGCACACCAAUAAACUUCCAACGCUCAGUGCAUCGUCCAGAGAGCUGUUUCCCAUGGCUGAUGGAGAUUGCUACUUCAUACUGGAUAUGGGUGGUGGUACUGUUGACAUAGCGGUGCACAAAAUAAACCGACAGGGAAAGUUUGAGGAAAUAAUGCAUCCAAACGGUGGUCCUUGGGGCGGCAUAAACAUCAACCUGAGAUUUGAACAAGCGCUCGUAGCAGUUUCAGGUGCGCCGACAUUUGAGCGAUUUCGAAAAGAAUGUACAAACGAAUAUCUUGAUUUGAUGAGAGAUUUCGAGAUAAAGAAACUUGCAUUUCCCAGCGAAAGUUCAAAUGUGGUUUACAUGAAGAUUCCAAGAGCUUACAUUGAUUGCCACACGGAAGAAAACAGUGAAGACUUUAAAAUGAGUUUGCGGGGUUUAGCACCGACUGCAAUAUUAGCUGGGUCAACUUUUAAAAACGGCAAACUCAAGAUAACCAACGAAAGAUUUGAAAUGUUAUUUCAGGACACUUUUAAACAUAUCAUUGGCAACGUGGGCCUGCUUCUAGAACGGUUACGUCAGAAGUAUAACGUGAAGACAAUAUUUUGCGUUGGUGGAUUUUCGGAUUGCAAGCUGCUUUCAAAGAAAAUCAAAGAUACCUUUCCCAACAAAACGGUUAUCAUCCCCUCUGAAGCCGUCGUCGCAAUAAUGAAAGGGGCAAUUAUCUAUGGCCGUGACGAAAGCAUCAUCCAGUCAAGAAUAAGCAAGUUCACAUAUGGGCUUGACUGGAACGAAGAUUUUGACCCAAAUAAGCACCCUGUUAGCAAGAAAGAAACAACAGAGGAUGGAGAAAUGUGCAAAGACAUUUUUCUGACCAUAGCUAAGAAAGGUGACUCCGUCCCGACCGACAUCCCGACUAAAUGUCUCAAAUCUUAUGUGAAAACAAGCAUACAGACGGCCAUGGAGUUCCCCUUCUACCGAACCGACACAAUAACACCACCGAGGUUCAUCGAUGAACCAGGCUGUGUUCUGGUUGGAUCCAUGUUGGUACCAAUACCUGACAUUGAAAAAGGCUUGGACAGAUGCGUGAAACUGGAGAUUUAUUUUGGGGCUACAGAGUUUAGGGCCAUUGCAAAAGUAAACGGAGGUGCUACACAUGAAGUCACAUUUAACCUCGAGGAAACACAGGUUUGAAUGCGUUACCGGAGACUGUUCUCAAUACCUGACGAAUCCCAACAACGCAAGGAAGCAACUGCAAGAAGUCAUUUUUAUGAUGUUAUGUUUAAUCUGCCGAACACCAGACACGGGUACAUUUAUUAAUGCUUUAUUGAAGAAAUCCGUCCGAUGGAAUUUUAUGCUCGUUUUGUUGCGUUUUGCGGCCACAAUUUACCACUCAAUUGAUUUAAUAAAUUAAAUUAGUUGUCAUUUUCAUGAGAUGAGUUGCCACCUGUAUGCGUGUAUAUUAAUUUGAAUUGAAAAUGUUCUCUGA